AUGGCUUCUGUCAAGUCUCUUGGGCUUCACCAGCCCUCGGGCCUGCACUAUGCUAUUGACGAGCAGUUGUUGGCGCCAAACCCGCCGCCGAAUUCCUAUAAAUGGGAUAUUAUUUCUGGAAAGAGCAAACAUACAGAUAUAAUUGAGGAUGAGCUGCUCAUCACCAAAAAUGCCGUUCUGUGGUGCCGUGGUGGUAUUCUUCGCAAGAUAUUCAAAUUCGACCUCGAAAAGGAGUCCGUGACGAAAGCCCUUCUCGCAUAUUUCCCCGCCUCUGAUGACGAUAAAGCAGCCCCACAGGCGCACUCACAAACGACGAAACCGAGCAUCGCGAACCGACGACGACCUCGUAUGGAACAGGCGCUGGUCGUCUUCCUGAGUACCCAAGCACACAUUUACUUCUUGUCCGGCGCCAGCCAUGUCGUCCAUAUGCCCUUUGAGGUCGAGACAGCCUUUGCUGGCCCUUCAGGUGUCUUGAUUCAAAGAAAGCAAAGAAGCGAAAACAUCCACUCGUCCACUCUCCGAUUUCCGCGAGUAAUUCCGAAUUCGUUCCUGUCAUCUCAGUUGACCGAAGUCAAUAGCUCGCAGGCGCAAGACUUUUCGGUACAGAGCCUAGGAAACCCCAAAGCCUUGAACUUGGGUCUGAGUAAUACUUUGGAAAGUAUGUUCGAUGGCCCCAUGGGCCAAGUUGACUCUCACUGGCCACGCCUUGUCUCGCUGUCCGACCCGUUACUGGACAUUGGCCUUGUUGUCACUGAACCAGACCCGCAAAGUACUAAAGGACCUACCGCUGGUGCCCGGAAUGAAGCUUUCCUCGAUCCUGCGGAAGAGAUCCUCUAUAUCGAACAGGUCGAAUUGACCGGGAGGGCUUUUCAGCAAAUCGAUGAAACCCUGACUAUUGCUGUUACCCUCAAUCGCUCAACAAAUUCUUACAACGUUUGGCGUCUUAAAUACCUUGAGUACCAAGACCCUUUCAUAAAACCGCGCAAGUCGAAGCUCACAACCACAAGCUUUGCUGCUCGUCGACGAAGCUCCAUGGCACCUUCAUUCGCAGAAUCUAAUACGCCGGCAAAGCCCAACACAAGGGACAGCUUUGGCGCGCCGCUACCCGGCAAACGCCACCGCAAAAGUGAAAAGAUCGAGAAGCCAGUGGAUUUUGUAUCGUCUCUCGAGAAACAGGAUAAAGAUGGCUCGGCUAUUACCAGGCGAAGCUCACGCCGACUGAGCUCUAUGCUUGCACGCGCAGACUUGUCAGCAUCUCAAGAACGAUCCAUCUUUUCCGAACAGCCAUCAGCUAUCGGUAGCAAACCCGCACGGAAGCAAGAAUCCCGCGCAGCGCCGCAUAACCGUUCCAGCUCUAGCUUCAGUCAGCAGAUUCGCCCAAGCUUAAGUAGUCUGUUGGAGGCGCCGCUUGAUAUGGGUCUUAAUGAAGGAUUCCUCAAUAUGGGCUUAGAUGAUCAUGAACUUGACGGCCUUCAACAUGAUGUUCGAUUUACCAAGAUUUUUGAUAUUCCGUCAGCAAAAUCCAAUGUGCACUACACAGUGCCAGCCGGUGAUGCACCGCAGCAUAGCAAAGUGUUCAUACUGGCUGCCCCGGCAUAUGCUCGCGAUGGACAUGACCGAAGCCAACUGCUUAUUGGCAUUCAGAACAUACACGAAAAGCGUCUGGACAUAAUUACUAUACAGAUCGUUCUGCAAUCAACUGAGCGGCUGAACACUAGGGCCUCUUUUCCUAGCUCUGCCCCGAGCAGCUUGUCGAUUGCGACUGGCGAGAUUCGAAGAGCUCAAAACGUAGUCGACUCCUGUAAAUUGGUCGAUGGCGAGCAGUCAGUCAUUCUCAUAUUGUCGGAGUCAAUGGAUGGACAGCUUGAACUUUCGACACAGGCUCCUUGGAGUGACCGCACUAGAAUCUCGCCAAAUCUCGUCUUUGUUGACGAUACCAGACACUUGCAAUACCGUGGCCGAGUUGUUGAUCGUGACAUGAAGCAGCGAAAGUCGGAAAUAUUUGACUUGACAAAUGGCAGCAUCAUUGGCUUGCGCCAUCCCAGGCAACGCGGCGUUGUUGAUGCCGUGGAUGCCGGCGGUCGGCUUCAUCAACUCAAAAUACAACUGGAACCGACAUGCCCCCAGGUGCGCCAUGUCCUUAGCGUCUGCCGAAAUGUUUUACAGGACGCUCUCGGAGAGCGACUCCACGGCGGUUGGCUGCAUAUUAUACAAUGGCUGAGAGACCAAGACGAGACCUUUGCCAAUAUCGAAUGGUCUGCUGCUACACUAUUGCUCUUUUCGCUGGUAUUGAACCUCGGCCCCGUUAAAGGCAAGCCCAUGCAGACGACUCGUCUGCCAGUUCGAAAACGCCGACCUGCAUCUGGCUCAUUUGGAUCUAUUCGAGAAUCUGAUGAUUGGAAGGCCCUCGAGAUUGGUGAGACAGCUAGCUCCCUUGGAUGUCCUGUGUGGAUGAUGAACCGGGGCUGGCAAUGGGCACUGGAUUCGAACUCGGAGAGCUGGAGCGCAAAUGCGUAUCAAGUAUCCAGUCCCAGAUUCACCGCGAAACAUAUUGUUCUCGCACGAGAAUACAUGGCGUCACCCUUGGGAAUCAUUGCUUUUGGGCCAUCCGGGUACAUGCCAACUUCCCUACACCAUGAAGACGGGAGUCGAAGGAAAGCAGUGGCUGACAUCUUCAUGGCACUGCAUCUUCUUCUCGAGGAAAAGCGACUGGACAUCAUGACUGCAGAGUAUGUUUCUCCCGGGCGAGCAGACCUGCGUGUUGUAUUGUGCCAAAUUGCUCGCUGGUUGAAAUGGUACAGCUUCUCGGCCGUUUACGAACUGGGAAUCCAAGAGGUCGUGGAUGAAAAGUUCGACUCAGAGUUGAAUUUGACGCCUUCGAUUCCCGAGCCUACGAUGAAGCCCAACAUUCUGGAAUGGGUUCAAAACAGGCUUGUUACACAGCAAGGCAACUAUCCUAGUCCUGUCGAUAUCUAUGCCCAAAAUUUCAACAUGUCUAGGCAGGACAAUGAAUAUGACGACAGGUGGGAUGUGAUAUUGCCUCGCACGAUGAUGCUGAGAAGGUUCUUCAAAGCAUUGGAAGUCAAUCCAACAGCUGCGGAAAUGGUCGAGACCAUGCAAGCACAAGGUUUGACCAACGCGAUUCUCGAGAGUCUCCCCGAAGCUAUCUUGGUCCCGCUACGAGACGCGAUUUCACUUUGCCAGCCUCGACCACCCAAAGGCUGGCCCGACGACCUGCUGAAGUUGAUCAAAAGGAGUGACAUGAGUAGCCUAUUGUCUCCCGAAAAGGCCACUGCACGAACGCCGCCUAGCCUCUUGACUCCUACCCAUACUGCGUCAUGGGAUUAUCGACUUCUGUCUCAGAGUGUUGAGGACGACGAACCGGCUGGUUACGACGAAAGCAACGGGAUAGAGAGGCAAGCAGUAAUCCGGGCAUUAUUCAAAGAGGACAGACGUCUGAAUGAGGCUCAGGAUCUGCUUUCAACACACAAGUCUCGACACGUUCGACUGAACCCGGACUCAGAUUGGCCAGAAAGUGAAUACCUGGAGAAGCAAAAGCAGCUCGUCUCUAGAAUCGCGACUGGUACACUUGCUAUUCCAGCUGGAAGAGGAUUGCUCUAUUACAGCCUCCGAUUUCCGCUGAUAACACAACGACUUCACAUUGGAGGAUUCAAUCUCAACUGUAUUGUGAGGCCAGCUAAUGUCACGGUUGGUGUUGAAAAGUCCCUUUUUACAGAGGAGAAGGUUUGCUGGGGCUUCUUUCAUCAGGGAGUUGCUGCUGGCUUGGCUAUAUCUCCCGACGCCAAGGGUAUUGACACAUCUUGGAUUCUCUAUAACAAGCCUGGCCAAGAGCUGAGUAAUCGACAUGCUGGGUUCUUGCUCGCACUCGGACUCAACGGUCAUCUCAAAGAUGUCGCAAAGUGGGUUGCCUUCAAGUAUUUGACACCCAAGCAUACCAUGACUUCGAUUGGAUUGCUCUUGGGCCUUGCUGCGUCGUACAUUGGAACAAUGGACUCGCUGAUUACUCGGUUGUUGUCGGUACAUGCUACACGCAUGCUGCCACGUGGUGCUGCUGAGCUCAACCUGUCCCCCCUUACCCAGACGACUGGUAUCAUGGGCAUUGGAUUAGUAUACUGCAAUAGUCAGCAUCGCCGCAUGAGUGAGAUCAUGCUCUCAGAGAUUGAACAUGCAGAGGAUGAGGAAGAAGACGAGCCGUUGCGAAGCGAAUGCUAUCGCCUUGCGGCAGGUUACGCACUGGGAUUCAUCAACCUUGGAAAAGGUAAUGACUUGAAAGGGCUGCAUGACAUGAAGCUCACCGAGAAACUCAUCACGCAUGCAACAUCGACUAAGAUGGUUGAAAUUGUCCAUGUGCUUGACCGUGCUGCCGCAGGUGCUGUCAUUGCCCUCACCCUUAUCUUUAUGAAGACGGAAGAUCAAAUCGUUGCUCGCAAAAUUGAUGUCCCAAGCUCCGUGCUCCAGUUUGACUACGUCCGACCUGAUAUUCUGCUGUUGCGAACUGUUGCCAAGAAUCUGAUUCUCUGGUCCAAGAUUGAGCCAACGUUUACGUGGAUUCAACGUAGCCUACCAGCGCCAUAUCGAGCCAGGCACAAGCUCCACGGCACCAUGAAGUUGCGAUCGACAGAUUUACCAUUCUUUAGCAUCAUGGCGGGAAUAUGCUUCUCCAUUGCACUGCGGUAUUCUGGCAGUGCCUCCACGCAUGUCCGAGAUCUCCUCCUGCAUUAUCUUGACGAGUUUAUGCGCAUCUCCUCGAUCCUUGGGACGCCUAGAGAGCACCCGGAUGCCGCGCCGCUGUAUGACGAGGAACUUGCUAGAGCCAAUGCACGCAUGUGUCAAGACGUCUUGGCUGUGUCGUGCGCCAUCGUCAUGGCGGGCACAGGCGACAUUCCCGUACUACGCAGGCUUCGUGCCCUCCACGGCCGAACUGACCCGGAUACGCCGUACGGAUCCCACCUCGCGGCUCAUCUUGCCAUAGGAGCCCUGUUCCUGGGCUGUGGCACCGUGACCUUUGGCACGAGCAACAUGGCAAUUGCCGCGCUCCUAGUCGCCUUCUACCCGAUAUUCCCGACCAAUGUCAUGGAUAACAGAUCUCAUCUGCAAGCAUUCCGUCACUUUUGGGUUUUGGCGACGGAGCAGCGCUGUCUUGUGGCUAAGGACAUUCUGACCGGCCAGCCGGUGUCCGUGGCUGUGCAAAUCAAAAUGCGCCAGGACGUGUCCACGGAGGCGUUCCUGCACCGCUCCACGCCAUGCCUGCUGCCACCGCUGGACCAAAUCUCGAGCCUGUCGACCCACUGCGGUCCGCAGUUUUGGGACAUUGAGCUCGACUUAUCUGACGAGACGGUGCGCGCGGCCUUUGCAAAAACGCAGAGCCUGCACCUCCGCCGGCGCCCGCCGCGUGAGGGGACAUUCCCGUCGACCCUGCGCGCCCUGGGCCGCGACGGUGACGGUCAGAACCCGAUAGAGUGGCUAUUUGACCUCGAGGGGCUCAAGGGCGUCAGCUACGCCGAGAAGGCGGCCCUGCUCGAGAGCGGUGAAGAGGACCCGGAGACGGGCGCCGCCGUGGACGCGCGCCUGGAGUUUGAAAAGGGUAUUUGCGAGGGCGGCGAUCUGGAGCGCCUCGAGGGCGCCCGGCUGCUGUUCGAAUGGGGCUCCGCGCGCGACCGCCUGCGGCAGAACGACGGCAGGCCAGCUGUUGCGGACCCGAGCACCUCGCACGAUAGCCAGGAGACGAUUACCAUGCGCUCGAGGCGGCGACGGAGUCUGGCCGAGGAGAGCGAGAACGAGCAGGACGACGAGGGCAACAAGGCGGUGUGGUGGAUGCGAGACAGCGAUCUUGAAGCGCUCAAGGGCAAGGUUUGGCUCGCCGCCAGAGAGGCCGAGCAGUAG